UUUGCUCAAUUCGGUUGUCAUUAUGUUCUGUUCUGUUCUAUUCAUUAAAGGUUGUUGGAAUGUAUUAAGCGAAAUAAAUAGACAUAUCUAUUUCUUAAUGCGUAUGAACUUUUCAUUCGGAUAACAAACAUUUCUCUUUUGCCAGCGGAGCCGGAUAGGCAUUAUGCGCUGCCGGAAGGACAGGAAGCCUCCUGUGGGCGGCCUUGGUGGCAUGGUAUCCGCCAUGAUCCCCGGUGCCAAGGUGGACAACAAGGGGCGUAUUAUGGUCAACGUGGGUACGUCCAAGGACACAAUCAUCUUCAAUAUCGGGGGUCAGUUGUUCGAGACAUACAGGUCCACAUUGUUUCGACUGCCAAAUAGUCCCCUUGCAAAUGAAAAAUUCCUCCGCGACCAUUACCGACCGGAUAAGAAGGACUACUUCUUUGACAGAGAUCCGGAUGUAUUUCGGGCGACGCUGAACUUCCUACGUACGGGCGAGCUGCAUCUCCCCUCCUACUUGUGCGGCCCCGCGGCCAAAAUGGAACUGGAGUACUGGGGUAUCCUACCUAACAGGAUAGAGCGGUGUUGUUGGACCAACUAUAAUGACUGGAACUCUACACUGAAGGCGCUUGACCAGUUAGAGGAUGACCGGAAGGGAUCAGCCAUGUCGUACGAGGAAGACAAAGACAAACCACCCACCUUGUGGACCAAACUAAAGCCCCAAGUCUGGAACUUCUUUGAAUGUCCAGAAACAUCUCGUUCAGCAAAACUGUACGGCUAUUUGUCGCUUUUCUUCGUUAUUUUGUCCAUUUUUUCAUUCGUCGCAAGCACUACGGAAUAUUUUGCCGCGUAUACGAUGAUCCAAGAUGGCGGCAACACGACCGGGCUGAAGAAUGACGUCAUCAACGAAAAUGUCACUAAUAGUAUUGCCAAUGGGAAAAAUAAUGAAAGUAUUAUUGAAAGCGUUCGUGUAAGAGUCAAGCAUCCAUCUUUAGACAUUGUGGAUAUAUUGUGCCUUGUAUUUUUUACUUUGGAAUACAUUAUUCGAGUCGCCUUUGCACCAAAAAAGCUUAAGUUUGUGACGUCAACCAUGGGUGUCAUUGACCUUUUAGCCUUACUUCCGGACUACCUUGAGUACAUCCUGUUUGCAGCAAAACCAGAAAUAGUUGCAGACGAAAAUGCCAUCAAUUUCAUUAGCAUUUUCCUCAUAGUUCGCGUGUUGAGAAUUUUCCGGCUGAUAAAACAUAUACCGGGUUUGUGGAUUCUCGUCUACACGAUAAAGUCGAGCGUUGGAGAACUCGUGCUUCUAACGUGUUUCAUGUCGGUCGGAAUUCUCGUGUUUUCUUCAUUGAUUUUCUUCGCAGACUCACGCGAAAACUUUGCAAGCAUUCCGGAUGGCUUUUGGUGGGCGAUCGUUACCAUGACGACCGUCGGUUACGGUGACAUGUACCCGACGACAACGCUGGGAAAACUUGUUGGAUCGCUUUGCGCAAUGAGCGGCCUUAUAAUGAUCGGUUUUUCCGUACCAGCGUUAGUGAACAACUUCAUGAUGUAUCAUAAGCACGUUCAAUUUGUGCUUCAAGCGGAAAGCGAGGCGCGAAAGCAAAAACAAUAUACAGACGAGAAAGAAGGAGCCACUUCCGGUGAGAAAGUCCAGUGUUUUCAUCUUCCUAGCGACGUCAAUGAUGACGUCACUGAAACAUCUGAAAAGUCACAGACUAAUAAUAAUGAAACUGCUUCAGAACAGGUGCCUCUAAUUACGAUAGAAAACACAAAUGGGGAGACGUCAUAGGAACUUCCUGUAACGAACAGUUGACCACCCAUUUAUGCCUUAUUAUGCAUAUCAUCUACAACCAUCAGAGACAUUUUCAGGCGUUAUUUUGUUAACCGUUUGUGUUCAUAAGACAAAUAUAGCCAACUUUCAGUUCGAAAACUUGACGCAUAACGCGUUACUAACGUUUUAAGAAAAAUGCAUAAAACAUCAAUAUUGAACUUUUUGAAAAUCUGUGACUAACUUUUUGUCAGCAGUCUUAUAUGAAUAGUUUACAUGCAUUUUCGAAUAAAUUGACUCGUUCUAAGACAAAAAAAAAGUUGUCAAAACGUUCAAUCUGUGAGAAUGCAGCUUUAAGCUGAUGGCAUCAAAAACAUGUUGACCAACAAUUAUUACCAUUGAAACGGUACAUUCUUUGUCUUUUUUUGUCGACAUGUUUCGCUAACAGGCUGAAGGUUAUUCAGCGCUCUUGGAAAAGCCCAAAUGCAACAAGUGAUCUAUUGAUAUGUAAAUACAAACAAAGACACUGCUCAAGAAAGAAAUUGGGGCUUUUAGUGCAUAUCACACAUGUGUGUUCAUGUAUUCUUGUUGAAUUAUGAUUAAGCAAAGAAAUGUACAUUCCAAAACGCAUUUUCGGCCAAAAUCGCAUUUGCAUGUUUGUAUAAUUCAUUUUAUUACAUACCAGUUUUUAAAAAAACGUUAUAUAUUCAACUACAGUCGAACCUGGUUGGCUCGAUCUUCCAGGGAAUGGCGAAUAUACCUCGAGCCUCGAACAAUUCGAGCCAAGCGGAAAUGCUUUCCUUCAUCUUAUUCGAGCCAAUGAGAAAUUCGAGCUAAGCAAGUUCGAGCCAACAGGGUUCGACUGUAUCAGGGUAAUUAUCCAGCAUCGUAUCCAUUAUAAUAUUACUUUUAUUAUCAUGUAUCAUUUAGAUAGUUUGUAAAAAACACAUGCAUAUUUACAACCUCUGAUUGUUAGAUUACAUUGAAAACGUUUAAUUGCCCGCUAGCGAUAACUUAUAGCUCGACUUAUAUGCAACAAAGGCGGUGGGUCGAGUGUAUGUUAGUGCGUAUACGUAAGUCCGAGUUAGCCCGUUCACCCGUUGUUUUCUCAUCCGGGCUGUAUUUUGGCCAUGCACCAAUGGAUUUUAAAUUAACUUGGCACAAUUUGUGCAUCAUGACAUGCACAAUGGUUGCGUGUCAAUAGGUCAAGGUCAGCCUUAAGAGUUCAGUGGCAAAAUGCCCUUGUAUUUCGGCUUGUCUGUGCAGUUCUUCAGUCAUUCAGUAGGGGAUUAUGAAAUUACUCGCCAUGAGGCUUGCCUGUCGUGUGCAAGACCCAUGGUCAUACUUGAUGUCCUAAGUUCCUAAGGUGACAGUCGUAGCUAGGGGCAACACCAACAAGCGGUGUGCGGUACCGUGUCCACGGCCCAUCCAAGCUCACAUUCAACCACGCAUGUUCGUCAAAUAUCAAUGUCACAAUAUAGGGUAUCUGGUCAAAGUUUCCUUGUGUUUUGGCUUGUCCGUGCUGUAUUUUAGCCAUGCACUUGGGACUUCUUAGAUGGCAAUGAGGAUUCACUGGUCAAAAUUUAAUCGUAUUUCGGUUUGUCCGGGAAGUAACUUUGCCACGUACUUCUAAAUUCUAAGGUGGCAUAAAUGUUCCCCAUAAAACUGGCGUGUCGCGUGCAAGAUACAUGGCUAUUUUAGAUGCCCUCAUUAGCCAAGGGUAUAGCCGAUGGUGACGAGGUAACUAGGGAAAACAUUACAAAUUAGUGAGCGUUAACCGGCACACAGCUCAACCAACUCACAUUCAAACAUGCCUGUUCGUCAAAAGUCAAGGUCACACUUCAGAGUCAUUGGUCAAAAUUUCAUCGUAAUUCGGUUUAUCCGGGCAAUAACUGCGCCGUGCACUUGAGAAUUCUUAUGUGGCACAAAGGCUUGCAUGGUAAUUUUAGAUGUCCUAAACAGCCUAGGGCAUAGCCUUUGGCGACGAGGUAACAAGGUCAACAUCAACAGGCACUGUACGGCACCAGGGCUCGCAGCCAAACAUGUUUACCCUUAAAGGUCAAGGUCACACUUAAAGGAGUCAUUGGCCAAAAUGUCAUUGUUUUAUGGCUGGUAAUGGAUGUGCGUUGGCCAUGCCCUGAGGGGUGGGGGUAGAAUAAUUUGUUCAUAUCAGAACUCUCGGUGUUACAACCCAUAUUGGUAAGUCAAAUUCACUUAUCACAUAUUGUAUUUAUGCUUGUCUGACAUCUCUUUUUGCAUAUUCAUCAAGUGCCACCAAAACAGCCACAUUCAUCAUGAGCGAUGCCAAUAAACAACAGUAUUCCAUAUCUUUAUAACAAUUUGAUGUUAAAAUUCAACAACCUUUCAACGAAAUGUUUCAUGUUUUCUAAUCCGCGGCGGGCUCGGCAGUUUUAUGCAAUCCAUUCAACAUUAAUACAAAAUAACAUGUUGGGCUCAUUUCUAAGCUACAUGUACAAUAUGUUCAGUUGAAGUAUAGACAUUUCUUCAAGAGCUAUUUUAAAAGACAUAGAUCUAAUGUUAUUCAAGAAACAAAUGAAUAUAAUUGCUAUAUAAUCAUAGUACAAUUUUGUUAUAUUACCUUUCCUUAAUACAUUAUAUCAUAAUAGUAGCGUCGUUAUGGUGUUAUUCAAAAAUACAAUCUAUGCAAAAAAAAUAUGUUUUGGUUAAUCAAUAUAGA